GGUUGUGCUCACGUAGCGACAGCAGGGUUGAUGUAGUGUCUAGCUACAAGAAUUCUUCUCGAACAUUUAUCUAGCAAAGUUAUUUGAAGACAUGUAAGUCCGAAAUUUUCCUGCGAGACAAACAGGAGGUAACAAUUUUCAAGAGGAAAUUUGCAACCAUGGUCGUCGACUUUGAUCGUCCCACCCCCAAGGUCAAGUCUCCCAGCAGACUGGCCCAUGUCGUCCUGCGCACGCCGCGCUACCAGGAGAUGGUGAACUUCUACAAGACGUUCCUGGGGGCCGAGGCGACCUACGAGAACGACUUUCUCGCCUUUCUGACCUACGACGAGGAGCACCAUCGCAUCGCGAUCGGAGCGGUGCCUGGCACGACGGACAAAAUCAAGACCUCGGCCGGACUGGAGCACAUCGCCUUUACGUUUGACAGUCUCGAAGACCUAGCCCUCGCCUACCGACAGCGCAAGUCCAAGGGCAUCGAGCCGAUCUGGUCGGUCAACCACGGUCCCACCACAAGCUUCUACUAUCAAGACCCGGACGGCAACCAGUUGGAGACCCAGGUCGACAAUUUUGACACGGUGGAAGCGGCCAACGAGUUCAUGGUCUCGCCGGCCUUUGCCGAGAAUCCCGUGGGGGUGGACUUCGAUCCGGAGGACCUGGUCAAGAAAUUGCAGGCCGGAGAGCCAGAGAAGGGCCUGAAAGUGAGGCCAAGCAGCGGCCCUCGCGGAAUCGACACCAUACCUGUGCCACCGCCACCAUUGCCCGUCAAGGCGCAUUAGCUCGGCUGUCUUUAAUUCGGGUGAGAGACUGGGACUUGCUGGUGGGAAGGAACCGAAGUGGACUGGUGCAUACUCCUCGAACUUAGAUAAUGCAGCCCGUAGUCAGUUGCUGAAUGCAGACCUUCCAUGACAAGCCCCAAUCUUGGGACUAGACCCAAGAGCCCUUUUCUCUGACCAAUCGUGUCGACAUGGGCGAGAGAGAGAGAGAGAGGUUAUGCAGAGACAAUGUCCGACCCUGGCCCACGUUGCACGACAGGCUCUUCGGGAGACCGGAGCUA